UCAGGACAUCUCUUCCACCUCCCCAAGGGCUCUUGCCCGCGCGGGUGUGGGGAGGGGGUACAACCAAGACGGGGAAGAGACACUGGGCAGCCUGUUCCCGCCCGGGAGACAGAGGGCGCCUCUGUCCACUCCUGGCCCCUGGCCCCACUGGGUGUCUGUCUGUGAAGGGGUGGAGCCGGUGGGGAGGGGUGUCCGCAGGGGAGGACCGCUAAAGACAGGUCUCCCACACCGCUCCAGGAGCCACAUUUGCAGCCUGCCGCUCUGUCCAGAAUCUGCUCCCACCUCAGGUCCAGGCCAACCGUGUGCUGCUGAAAUGGGCUCUGAGCUGGAGACUGCCAUGGAGACCUUAAUCAACGUGUUCCAUGCCCAUUCGGGCAAAGAGGGGGACAAAUACAAGCUAAGCAAAAAGGAGCUGAAGGACCUGCUACAAACUGAGCUCUCCGGCUUCCUGGAUGCCCAGAAGGAUGCAGAUGCUGUGGACAAGGUGAUGAAGGAGCUAGAUGAAAACGGCGAUGGGGAGGUGGACUUCCAGGAAUAUGUUGUGCUGGUGGCUGCUCUCACAGUGGCUUGUAACAACUUCUUCUGGGAGAACAAUUGAGCAGAGUCUUGGUGUGCAGCGCCCUUCCCCUCCACCCUGUCAGACCUGCUCCUUCAUUCUGCUUUCCCCUCAUCCCACCUAUGCCUCCCUAUGUACCCACCUUGUCCAACCCCAACACACACCAAGGGCGCAAGAGAGGCAGUCCAGGUCUGCCACUCAUUUCAUUAAAGUCUUCUCUCUCACCAGCCAUCAA